AUGUUUUCUGCUCUUCGACGUCGACUAGGGCGUCCCUCGGACGACGACGCCGACGAUCCGUUCAAAGAGAGCACCUCGACGCUCACCAAGAGCCGGCGGCCGCCCAACACUGCGUUCCGACAACAGCGGCUCAAGGCCUGGCAGCCCAUUCUUGUUCCCCGGGUCGUUUUGCCGUUGUUGCUUCUUGUUGCGCUGAUCUGCGUGCCCAUCGGCAUAGGCUUUGUCUUUGCCACAUACAGCAUUGAGAAACUGGAGAUAAACUACGGCAAGUGCGCCGACCUGGCGUCCAGCAGUUUCGCCGACGUGCCAUCGAAGUAUGUCGAUUACCAUUUUAGCGGCGGCAAGUCGUCCACCGUGCAGUGGAAAAAGACCAUCAACGAGACGGACACCGUGUGCACGAUCCAGUUUGAUGUUCCGGGCGACAUCCACGGGCCAUUGUACCUGUAUUAUAAAUUGACCAACUUUUACCAAAAUCACAGAAAAUACGUGGAGUCCUACGACUGGAAGCAGCUGCGCGGGAACGCUGUUCCGUACGACGACGUGAGCUCCGACUGCUCGCCGAUGCGGUACCGGGACGACAAGAUCGUGUAUCCGUGCGGACUGGUGGCGAAUUCGAUGUUCAACGACUCGUUUUCGAGUCUCACGUCGUCCUCGGGCAGCGAGUACGAGUUCAGUGCCAAGGGUAUCGCCUGGAAGUCGGAUCUUUCGCUGUACAAGCGGACGAAAUACAACACGUCGGACAUUGUGCCGCCGCUGAACUGGAUCGAGAAGUAUCCGGACGGCUACUCUGACGAGGACCUGGACUCGCUGGCUGAGGACGAGCGAUUCAUGAACUGGAUGAAGACCGCUGCGCUGCCGUCGUUCAUGAAACUCUAUGGCAAAAGCAGCGACGUGCUGGCGAAGGGCACGUACACGAUGGACAUUGUCAUGAGAUACGAGGUGUCGAUUUUCGGCGGAACGAAGAGCGUGAUCGUGUCCACGUCGAGCGUGCUGGGAGGACGGCAUUUCAGUCUGGGCAUCUGCUACCUGGUUGUGGGAGGUCUCAGCGUGCUGUUCAUGCUGGUAUUCCUCAUCAAACACGUGUUCACGCGCAAACAGACAGACCACGCCUUUUUGGAAGGGCUGGCCGGCCAGGAGCGAGAGGUGCUCUAG